AGCUUUCUAUUUUCUCACUUAAAAAUUAUACAGAGAGAAAAAUACAGAGAUAAGGCCAUAGAACCUAGCAAAGAUGGAGGCUGGAAGGAGCCUCCUCUCUCCAACCCCCUCUGCUCCCAAUAUCCCACGAGCCCACCACCCAAGAAAUCCCCUCUCAUCGACCUCAGUUCUGAUGUUACAUGAUCAAGCAACUAGGCCGGUCACUUUUUUACCAGCUACGUCAAUAGUUCGGCAGUUCCCACCAUCGGUUUAUCCACAGGAAUCAAAUAGUAACUACAACAGCUGCCUUGUGAAGGAAGGAAAAAUGGUUCAGGCUACAUUGGAUAGGCGGCAUGCUGAGGAUGGGCUAUCAAUAUGUGAAGAAAGCGAAAAGCAAAAGUUUGAUCAAUAUCUGAAAUACUUGGAGCGCCGAUUACUUUAUCAGCCUGGAUUGUGUUCCCCAUUCACUGUCCCAUGCUCCGAGGAAAACAAAUAUUUGGCCAUGUCGUCAGAGUCAGUUAAUAGCGGUGCCAAUAUACUUGCAGGAAGUGAUCAAAGUUUAGUGUUGCAGAACAGUCUGAGCUCCGUGCAACCAGGAAGUGUUCUUGCUCUUGCAAAGAAAGCCAUGUUGGCCUCAAGAAAAGCAGCCUCGCUAGCAGAUAAAUCCAGUAUCUUAGAAUCUGAAUUGCGGGAGCCAUAUUUUAUAGGCUUGGAUAUUAAUCGAUUUACUGAGGAGGUUGCAAUCAAUGAAGAAACAACGGUGAGGUCAAAAAGGCGUUUGGAGAGGCAAUCCAAGAGACGCAAGGUUCCCAAAAAGCCGGAGAAUGCUGUUUAUGAGGUUUCAGGUGCAAUGCUUGUAGAUUUAAAGAAGAAGGUACAGAAGGCUCUUAAUACUGAUGACCCCUUCAGGUUAUUCUUGUGGGGCCCUGAAACAAAGCAGUUAUUAACAGUUAAAGAAGAAAAAGAUUUGUUUCUCAAUAUACAGGAGCUUAUGAAAUUAGAGGGAUCUAAGCAGAGACUUCAGAUGCAAUUUGGUCGUGAACCAACAUUAGCUGAGUGGGCUGGAGCUGUUGGAAUGAGCUGCCAAACUUUGCAGUCAUGCCUUCGUUCUGGCAACCGCAGCCGAGAGAAGAUGAUAUAUGCAAACUUCCGACUUGUUAUACAUGUCGCAAAACAAUAUGAAGGAAAAGGUCUCAACAUUCAGGAUCUACUUCAGGAAGGUAGCAAGGGUCUUAUGAAGAGUUUGGAAAAGUUCAAGCCUAAAUCUGGAUGCAGAUUUUCGUCCUAUGCCUAUUGGUGGAUACGACAGUCAAUUAGGAAGGCUAUUUUUCAAAACUCCCGAACAGUUCGUUUGCCGGAGAAUGUCUUUGCACUUCUGAAGAAGAUAAGAGACGCAAGAAGAUUGUGCAUUCAAGAAGGUCAUAUUCCAUGCAAUCAAGAGCUUUCAAAGCUCGUUGGCAUCAGGGUUGAAAAACUAGAAAGCUUAUUGAUGAACUCCAGAAACCCUCUUUCAAUUCAAGAACGCGCUUGGUUAGAUCAGGACGUCACGUUUCAGGAAAUUACGGCAGACCCUGAGGUUGAGACUCCAGAUCUCAUGAUUGCCAAGCAAAUGAUGAGGGAGCAUGUACACAACCUCCUUGGGGUUCUCAACCACCGAGAGAGGCAGAUUAUCAAAUUUCGGUUUGGCAUCCAAGACAAUAAGCCGAAGUCUCUCUCAGAUAUCGGCGCUAUGUAUGAUCUUUCAAAAGAAAGGGUUCGACAAUUGGAGUCUAGGGCUUUAGACAAGUUAAAGGGUUGUCUUUCGAGUGAAGGGCUCGAGGCUUAUAUAGACAUGUUGAUCUGAAGAGACUUGAGUCUCAUGUAAAAUUUGUUAUUCCUUUUUUCAAAACAAAAUACGGAUUAUCACUCUUCUACUUAUCUGAUAUAUGUAUUUCUUAUCCAUUGUAUAUACUGUAAUUAUACCUUGCACAUUCAAUAGUGGAAGUUUUUCCUUUUGUAAUU